AUGGCGCCUUUCCUGUCUAAUUGCUCUUCGCCAGACCAUCAAGUCAACGAAGCGACACCAGUCUCCCCGCUACCGUUGAAGACUUCGAUAAAUGCAGGGCCACGAACAUUAUUGAUUCGAGAUUCUCUUACACGCUUUCAAAUAUCUCCAGCCAAAUACAUAGAGCAGCGCAGACCUGCUAUCGACCGUCUCGUAGCAGGCGCGGUAGUAGCUUAUGAAGGAAGAAUUCUUCUUGUUCAGCGUAGUAGAGAAGACUACGGCGGUCUUUGCUGGGAGAUACCCGGCGGCUCGUGCGACGAGGACGACUCAUCCAUACUAGAGGCGGCCUCUCGCGAGCUGUGGGAAGAGGCGGGCCUACGAGCAACGGCAGUGGUGGGUCUUGUAGACGACCUUCACCAUUGGUCGGACGAUGGACUUAUUUGGUGGAAGCUGACAUUUUUGGUUGAGGUUGAGCAAAUGGGGAAGGGGAAACCCGACGUAGUGCUCGACCCAAAGGAACACGAGGCUUUUGUCUGGGCUACCGAAGAGGAUGUCCUCGCAAAUUGUUAUGGCGAUAUCAAAUUCCAAUGGAUCAGCGAAGACCAGAGGCUAACCAUCUUGAAAGCAUUCAACAUGCUCAAGACUACCGGAAAGCCGCUAAAUUUGGAGGCUUUAGCAGAGCCAUGA